AUGGCGGUCAGCGGAUGGGUAGCCAAUCUCGCACGUCGACUAUCACAACUUGACCAUAUUGCUGGACUCGAUAAUCUCAAUAACGUCGAAAUUUGGUUAGGAGGGCUGUUCUUCCCGGAAGCAUAUAUCACUGCCACACGACAAACAGUUGCUCAUCGCAAGAAAUGGAGUUUGGAGACGUUGAGCAUGAGGCUAGAUAUCGAACGAGUGAACGACCCAACUGCGUUCAUUGUGGACGGCCUGGUCAUCGAGGGUGCUACGUGGUCCUCUGACAAGCUUGUCUUGAACAACGGCGAACCUGUCCGCCUCAAUCCCUCGCAGAUUCGCUGGGUGCAAUCCGAUGAUUCGAAUAAUGAAAAUUUCGACAAUCUCCCGGUGUAUCUGAACGGAGACCGGAGCGACGUGUUAUUUACCGUCGACCUCCCAUUCGAGAGUAGUGCCGGGUCACUUGUUUCUAUGAGAGCUGUCUGUCUAACCUGUGGUGACUGA